CUCUCUCUCUCUCUCUCUCUCUCUCUCUCCGCUCCCUCUUUUUCUCCCCGCUCCCUCCCCCUCCUACUGCCUGUGUGACUCCGCAGCUGGCUUCCUCUUGGGCUGCUUCUCGCCCUUCCCGCUGUCCCCCGCUUUGCUGCCUCGCCGGCGUCGAAGCGGAGCGGUUGCUCCUGCGAGGGAGCGGCACGCCAGCAAAAGGCUGAGUCGUCUGUCGCCGGCGAUCCCGCAGAGGGUCCUGUGCGAGCGGGAGAAGGACGAGCGCGCAGCCCGGGAGCCUGAUUGACCAUGCUGGUUGUAAAUUCUGGAAUUUAAUCAAGUGCAUCUUGGGGUACCGAAUUUGGGAAGACUGAUCUAGUUGCAUUCUUUGCGUUGGCUAACAAAAUUCAACCUUUGUUCCAUGGUGGAGGGCAUAGUGUUUACAUAAGCUCUUAGAUAAUAACCAGGAAGAGAAUGGGAAAACAGAACAGUAAAUUGAGACCUGAAGUGCUCCAGGAUCUCCGAGAGAAUACUGAAUUCACAGACCAUGAGCUUCAAGAAUGGUACAAAGGCUUCCUAAAAGAUUGCCCAACUGGCCAUUUGACUGUUGAUGAAUUCAAAAAGAUAUAUGCUAACUUCUUCCCAUAUGGUGAUGCCUCAAAAUUUGCAGAACACGUGUUCCGCACUUUUGAUACCAAUGGUGAUGGGACAAUAGACUUCCGGGAAUUUAUAAUUGCACUAAGUGUUACAUCUCGAGGAAAGCUUGAACAGAAGUUGAAAUGGGCAUUUAGCAUGUAUGACCUUGAUGGCAAUGGUUACAUUAGCCGUGCUGAAAUGCUUGAAAUAGUGCAGGCAAUCUACAAAAUGGUGUCUUCAGUCAUGAAAAUGCCAGAGGAUGAAUCAACUCCAGAGAAACGAACAGAUAAAAUCUUCAGACAGAUGGACACCAAUAAUGAUGGUAAACUGUCUCUUGAAGAGUUUAUUAAAGGUGCCAAGAGUGAUCCCUCAAUCGUGCGGUUGUUACAGUGUGAUCCAAGCAGUGCAAGUCAGUUUUAAUUAAACUCUGGACAGUUUGCAAAGAAAAUUACUGGCUUGUUCAAGCUUUGCUCGUAAAUGGAUGCCUUUAACCAUUCCUCAGUGGUUAGUGGAUGAAACUCCAUUGCCGGAUUGUCUCUGUAUCCAAGUGAAAAAAGAGCCUCUCAUCAGCUGUGAUACAACUCCUCUUUCCAGUAUUCCAUUUCUCUUUUCCACUCCACAUCAUGUUAGGACUCCCUGUACAUAUUGGAUGUAACAGAAGGGUAUGUUUACAUGCAGAAGAGGGGUUAUAGCACCUCUCUUGGUUAAUCUAAAUGGAUGACUUUAGUAACUCUGAAAAGAUACUGUAUGUACUUUUUGCCUGCUAUAAUAGCAGCAAAUGACAGGCAGUUUAUAUCCCAGAAAAUGGCUAUGAAAUGUGGAAUAAAUUAAGCAGAUUUUAAAAAAAUAAAUAAAUAACGCGACUCCAGUUUCUUUCCCGUGAGGAAAAUUGCUUGCACUUGCAUAACAGUCUUUCCAAUAUACACAUGCACACACAUGCACACACAUACAUAUAUACAUAUUCAUCUGUGUGUGUGCGUGUGUGUAUAUAAUAUUUUUUGAAUUUAAACAUUAAUGUUUAGAUCAUAUUUAAUAUAUCAAGUAGACUUCAUCCUUCAUUUCUUCUAGUUGUCCAUGAUUAUUAUUUUUUUUAAAAAAGAUAAUGGUAUUUAUACAUAGUAAAGCCGCCAUUGAGGCACUGCAUGAUUAGCUGUUUGUGGGUAUAUCACUGUUUUAAUUACUGGUUGCAACACUUUGUCCAUUUUUACUGUUGAUUGUUCCAGCGUUUACUGUGUUUAAUGAAGACUAAAGAGGAAUCAUUCUGCUUCUGUGUUUCACAGUGAAGGGCCACUCACUAUGGCUACAACAUUUUAAAAGGCUUUUGAGUGAGGUGAGGUAAUUUGACAAGCAUUUGCUAUGAUCCUUCUACCAAUUUGUGGCUGUCCAUCUUUGUUAAUAGUCUUGUGCAUUCCAGUGUUAUUUAAUAUCUGCCUAAUGCCAAGAAAUGCUGAUUGAAAUAAAAAUGAAUUUUCUUGUUGAUCUAUGUUAUAUUUUAAUCAUUGGAUGCUUUGGGUUUGCAUGUAGCAUGAUUUCUUUCUGGAAAACAAUGAAAGGACAUUUCAAGGGUCUGUUUAAAACAGGAUGUUCACACAAAUUGCAUGCAAGUGGACAUUACUCCAUUCUUCCACAGAUUUUUAGAACAGAGACCUUGUUCGUUAACUAGUCACAAUUGCCAUGUGUGUG